ACACCAUGAUAUGAUUUCUUCAAAGCAAUGUUGGACGGCUAAGUACUCUCAUCGCGGAACGAGGGAGAGAACACAUCUUAUAGUGCUUGGCAUAGAGGAGACGCUCGCUUCUUGUCGUGAGUCGUGACCAGACUCGAAGACGGUAUCAUCCGUCAGGCACACGUUCGCAGUCUUUGCUUGGGAGAAAUUUUGUGUGAACUCUGAGCUGCAUAUUGUUCCGAAGAAUCCAUCGAAACGGAAGAGAACAUGAUCCGACUUCAUGUUUUCGCUCUGAUGGGCCUGGCGUGCUUGUUGUGUGCAGUGGAUUACGUGGAAUCUUGCCGACUGAAAAUGCUGCCGACCCACGGUACGAGACGCUACUUCAGGCUACAAAUAAACAACGAACGAUGCUUCAAUCCAGAUACAGUCGAGGGAGUGGCAGAGUGUCGGGGGGGCUGUGAAUCUACGUCCAUGUACACCCCAGGGAACUCGACAAUCGAUCGCCAGUGUAAUUGUUGCAUCCCGGUCGGAAAACCUAAUAAGGUCGAAGUGGUGAUCGAGUGUCCCUCUGGAUCCACAUUCAGACGGCAUAUGCUGGUCCCGUCGGACUGUUCUUGCGAUCCAUGCGAAACCUUGACGAAUAUCAACGCCGACAUCCCAAUACCGAAAUGAGUCAAAAGUCCCCAAUUGUAUAGUGUACAAAGAAUUC